CGGCAUACGAUCAGAUGAUGAUGGGGAUAUUAUUUCGAUCAUCAUCAUUUUUAUUGAUGAUUAUAUUAAUAUCAAUUUCAAUGGUAAACACAAAUAAAAUUGAAGAUAAUGAUAGAAAAAAUACUGUACCAUCACUUUAUCGAAUAUUUAAAGUGUUAUAUGUUAGAGAUUCAUCGGAUCAUUUAACAAAACCACUUUGUACAGUAAAUUUUUUUACAUCAUCAUCUAAUCUGUCAAUCAUCAAUGAUGAAUAUCGACCAUAUAGACAUCAUAUUAAUGAUAAUCUUUGUGAUCCACUUUCAGCCACAUUAUUAGCAUCAGCAGUGUUUGAUAAAAACAUUGAUAUUAAUGGCCGUAAAUAUUAUUCGUUUGAUUAUCGAGAAGAAUGUUCAAUUAAUGAACAGGUGGAAAAUUUUUUAACGUUUCACUUGAAUCGAUCAAAUGAUAAUAAAGCAAUUCCAUUAGGAAUUUUAUUUUUAACACCUUGUCAGGUCAAUAUUACUGCCCGUUUUAAUCUUAGUAAUGAUACCAUUGAAUUGAUGGAAAAAUAUAAUAUUACAGUGUCUGUGAUUAAUAUGAAGAAAAAUACGAGAAUAGAAAUAUUUUCUUUCGAUCAAAUACGAUGGCCAAAACAAUCAAAACAACAAUCAUUAUCAUUUAAAUCAUUCAUACCAAUGAUAAUUAUAUUCUUGAUUGCUAUAAUCACAAUAUUUAUUGGUUCAUAUUGGAGUGGUUUAGUUCGUUAUGAAAUCUAUCAAACAACAUUAUUGAAUAUUCUACCUACUGAUAAUAAAAAUAGACAAACAUCAUCUGAUUCAGAUAAAAGAUUAUCAUCAUUAAAACGUUCAUCAAAUGAUAAUAAUGAACAACCAUUUGCAAAUAUAUCAUUAUAUUCAGUAAUAUUAUUGGUUAUAUUUAUGAUUACAGCAUUAUUAUUAUUAUAUUUUUUCUACAAAUAUUUGGUCUAUUUUAUUCUGGCCUUAUUUUUGAUUACAUCAAUGACAUCAAUGUUUAUAUGUUUAGAAGCAUUUAUUGGAUGGUUACCAUUACCGGCUUCUAUAAUGAAAGCAACAUUUUCAAUACCAAGUUCUUCAUGGUGGCGAGAACAACAUUUAAAAUUAAUCGACAUGAUUAUUGCCGUUAUUAGUAUCAUUGUACCAGCAUAUUGGUUUGCUGUUCGUCAUCAAUUUGAUGGUGCAUGGAUUAUACAAGAUUUUUUGGGAUUUUUUUUCUGUGUUAACAUGUUAAGAACAUUACGACUUCCUUCAUUGCGUAUCUGUACAUAUUUAUUAUCGAUUCUAUUUUUGUAUGAUAUUUUUUUCGUUUUCAUUACACCAUUGUUAACAUCCAAAGGUCAAUCAAUAAUGGUUGAAGUUGCAACUGGUGGAAAUGGACAAUCAUCAUCAUCAUCAAAUUCGAUAACAAAUUAUCUUGAAUAUCGUUGUGAAGGAAAACCUAUUGAAACAUUACCAAUGUUAUUUCGUGUGCCACAAAAAUUAUUUCAAUAUGAUCCAUUGGAUUUUUAUGAUGUUUGUACACGUGGUUCAGAUUCAAUGCUUGGUUAUGGCGAUGUUAUGAUACCAGGCCUAUUGAUUGCAUAUUGUUCAGCAUUUGAUCGUAUUGAAAACAUUCCAUAUUUUUUGUAUUUUUCUAUAUCUUUGAUUGCCUAUUCUAUUGGAUUGAUUGUUACAUUUGCAGCUUUAAUAUUUAUGGAAGGUGCUGCCCAACCUGCACUUUUAUAUCUAGUACCAUUUACAUUGUUACCAUUAUUUAUUAUCGCACUAAUACGACGUCAUUAUCAUUCAUUAUGGAAUGGACCAGAAAAAUCAUCAUUAUCAUUGAUUAUGAAUGAUGAACAACAACAACAACAAGUGAUACCAUCAUCAUCAUCAUCAUCAUCGACAGCAUCAACAUCAUCUACUAAUGAUGAUUGUAAUGUUAAUGUUAAUGAAUCAACAAAAUGA